UCGUCUACUUGCUUCUAAUAGAUUUAACUACUAGAAGUUGAAACUCUUUGCUCUUAGACCUGCUCUCCCAGAACUGAUCUGAGCAGUUUAACACAACCAUCAUAAAGAAAAUGGCUUUCCAAACCUACAGCUUGUUUGUUCUGUCUGUCAUCAUGAUUUUUUUUGGACAUGUUGAAAAUAGAUUGAAUCUUCUUCAACUUCAAAAUGAUAUAGACAAACUGAAAGCUGAUUUUAACUCAAGUCAUUCCGAUGUAGCUGAUGGUGGACCUAUUUUUACAGAAAGGCUGUCAAGUUGGACAGAGAGAAAUGAAAAAAGGAUUAUCCUGAGUCAGAUUGUUUCCAUGUACUUGAAAAUGUUUGAAAACACUGACAGGUCAAAGGCUCAUGUCAGAAACAUAGCUGAGGAGCUCAGUACUCUGAAAGAAAGCCUUUCUGAUGGCUCAAAGAAGAUAGAAGAUCUCAGGGACCUGACAAAUCUUCAGAUGAGUGACUUGAAAGUUCAGCGCAAGGCUGUAAAUGAGCUGUUCAGCGUCUUACAAAAACUGGGGGAUACCUCAAGUUCUUACAAAAGAAAAAGAAGCCAGUUUCAGAGGCUGUGCAAAUGCUAAUGCCAUCUUAUGAUCUUCUGUACUGAGCUACUGUGCAAAUCUUGUUGGGACAAGAUUUUUUUUAUUUCAAUCUUUCUAUUGAUUUUUUAAAUACAUUUAUUUAUUAAUAUUUAACUGUCUUAAGUAAUUAUUUAUAAAGAAAUACUAAUCAAAGUAUUUAUACUCCCUAAUAUAAUAUAAGAAAUUAUUUUGUCUUAAAAUCCUGUCUAUUUGUUAUAUGCUGUUGACCUGAAAACAGAGAAUGAGACAAUGUUUACCCAGGUUCCAUAUGGAAAUCUUGAAAUUACGUUAUAAUGGUACCCAGCUUUCCAUCUGGUGCUGUCUUGAGAGAUUAUGUUAUGAGAUUAGUCUUAUCUAUUUGGCAUGGAGAUACAAGCACCAAUAUGAGGAAGUUAUUCUAUUCAGGAAAAACAUAUUUAUGCUGCUUACUACUAAACAUAUCUAAAUCCAAAUCAAUCAAGUAGACAUGUUUAAAGAUAAGCAAAUGUUUAAGAAAAUUUCUGAACUAGAGGACUAAUGAUUAAUUGCUGGUUACUAUUAUAAUUAUUAUUGUUGUUAUUAUGCACUGAAGUUACCAGGACGGCAGUCUAUUUAAUAUCUCAGGAGAAUGUGACUAACUGUAUUGCACUGACUUGACUUAACUUAAACUCUCAGAUUUUAACAAUUACUCUUGUGGGGUUUUUUUUGUUUUGUUUUGUUUUGUUUUUGUUUUUUGUACUGAACUGUUCAAAUGUAUCUGUAAUUUAAUUUAUUUGGAGGUAAUAGUUUGGAAGUUUUUAUCUCAAGGACUAUAUCUUUGCACUGGAAUAUUAUUAAAAACUUUGUAUUUUUCAAUAGAGAUUUUUUGAAAUUUGAAUUUUAAAUAAAUAAAUAUAUACAUUUUGAAAGUGUGUUUUCAUAUUUAUUCACCAUCAUCUAUCUGAAAAGAAAAACUCUAAUUUUGUUCU